AUGGAGGUUGAAUUGAGCAAAGCGAUUGACAAAGUGAAAGCAAAAUUUAGAUUUAAUAUUGACUUGAAAGAAGAGCAGCGCAGGAUAUUAACUAGCCUAGUGCAGAAAAAAGAUGUUUUUGCACUGUUGCCUACUGGUUUUGGGAAGUCGAUGAUAUUUCUGCUGCUUCCACUGAUUUUGGAUGUGAUCGACCCUGGCAAAAAGCACACAGUGCUGGUUAUUUCACCGCUGACAGCACUAAUACAGGAUCAGGUUGGCGUUGCCAGAACACAUGGCAUCAAUGCUGGAGCCUUUGCGCAGGACGAAAUUAAUGAUAUCAUACAAGGGGAUAUGAGUAUCCUAUUCACUUCGCCCGAAGCAAUACUUCAAAGUGUAUGGAUGCGCAUGAUAAAACUGCAUUACAUGAAGAGGAUUGUAGCAGUUGUGUACGACGAAGCACACUGCAUAUGUUCAUGGGGAGUCGACUUUCGACCUGCCUACAGGGAUGUUGGGACUGUACAGUCAUUGCUUGACACUCCAAGUUUAGCAAUGACAGCCACAGCAACAAAAGAAAUCCAAACAGAUAUCUACUCGGUGCUGGGUUUCCAGUCAGACAGCACUGUAGUUGUUGCAAAUCUACCCAACAGACCCAACACAUUUCUACAUGUGGAGCCAUCGGUUGGAAAGUUCGACAGCGACAUGGAAUGGCUGCUUGAUAACCUCCGAAAUUCAUCAAGUCCAAAAAGGGUCAUUGUGAGAUUGGGAGAUGUGCUAGAGACGGACACAGAGGCUAUGCUAUCUGCUAUGCAUUUAAAAGAAGUUUCGCUAACGUUCAUGACCAAAAUUUUAUAA